CCCGGCUAGCUGUCAUAUGCGUAACAGGGAAGGGCAUGACAUGGAGCUAAAUUUUCCCAUCUGCAGUUAUAUAUGCGGCCUGGCUUGUUAAAUCGAUCUAAGGAAUUGUCAGUUAUAUGUACCAAGUUAGAGGCCUUUUCGUUUCGACUUCUCGAAAAAGCAGUAGCUCGCUAACCCGAUAGCUACCUUCUAACUUAAGGUGAAGAUAACCACUUGCAUACUGAAAGCAUGGCGUUAAUCCUGUUUACAAGAUCUCGGGCACCUUUAAUGAAAACGUCUCGAUCCCUAAAGAAUGAAUUCAGGAAAGGCAAAGGGAAAUUACAAGAGGGUUCCUAUUUCAGCUGCACAGCCUUCACACUUUCCAGUCAAAAACCUGAUGGGCUCCGACUUGGCAGCUUGGCUCAGGUCUCUUCGUUCGGUCCUUCCCUGCCCGUGUCAGAUGAAUUUGUGGGUCCCUGUCAGAGCUCAGACACACAGCGGCUCUACUGCGCUUUUGCGUUGGGGGCUUCCUCUUCACCGUACCCUGCGGUCGGAGCGGGACCCCAAUGGACGAUAGCACGACCGCGAGACAUCCCUGGUGUCAGGUGGAUACAUACCACGAGGAGGAGAUGGGAUGACUCCAAGGUGGAGAAGUCGCUGCGUUCGUUAAAGGAUAAGAAGAAGAAGCUGGAGGAAGGAGGGCCGGUGUACAGCCCGACACUGGACGCAGAGCCUGUCCGAAGGACGCUCCGACAGCGGGUUGUAGAUGAAAUCAAGCACUACUACCAUGGCUUCAGGCUGCUUUGGAUCGAUACCACCAUUGCUGGGCGGAUGUUCUGGAGGGUGCUGAACGGACAUCCCCUGUCUCGCCGUGAGAGGAGACAGUUUCUCAGAACAUGUGCUGAUGUCUUCAGACUUCUUCCCUUCUUGGUGUUUAUCAUCGUUCCCUUCAUGGAGUUCCUGCUUCCUGUAGCUCUGAAACUCUUCCCCAACAUGCUGCCGUCCACCUUUGAGACACAGUCAAAGAAGGAGGAGAGGUUGAAAAAGGAGCUGAGGGUCAAACUGGAGAUGGCCAAGUUCUUGCAGGACACCAUUGAGGAGAUCGCUCUGAGGAAUAAGGCAGCAAAAGGCGACGUGACGGAGGAAUUCUCCACCUUCUUCCAAAAGAUCCGGGACUCUGGGGAGCGUCCCAGUAAUGAGCAGAUCAUAAAGUUCUCCAAACUGUUUGAGGACGAGCUGACGCUGGACAACCUGACUCGACCUCAGCUUGUGGCGCUCUGUCGUCUCCUGGAGCUCCAGUCAAUUGGGACCAACAACUUCCUCCGCUUCCAGCUCAUCAUGAAGCUGAGGGCCAUCCGCGCAGACGACAAGCUGAUAGCAGAGGAGGGGGUGGAAAGCCUGAAUGUGAACGAAGUGCAGGCAGCGUGUCGUGUCAGAGGGAUGAGAUCUCUGGGAGUCACAGAAGAACGACUAAGAGAACAACUCGGCCAGUGGUUGGAGCUGCAUCUCAACCAGCAGAUCCCCACCUCUCUGCUGCUUUUGUCUCGAGCCAUGUACCUCCCAGAUACCCUGUCUCCUGCAGACCAGCUGAAAACCACGCUGCAAACACUUCCUGAAAUGGUGACCAAAGAGGCCCAGUUAAUGGCGGCAGAGUUGGAGCUCUCUAAAGUGGAUAACAAGACCAAACUGGAGACCAUGCUGCAGGAGGAGGCAGCCAUACGGCAGGACAACAAGGACCGAGAGAUGGAGAGGCUGGCUGACGCUGCAGAGAAGGCUGCCAGGGAGGGCGAACCAGAGCUUCAAGCAGAGAGGAUGAAGCGCAGUGAGGCAGAACCAGCUUCAUCUAAAGCCGAAAAGGCAGCCGAUUCAGAGACACUGAAGGACACCGCACCCAUUAUAGAGGGACUCAAGUUUGAGCAGUGGCAGAGGUUUCUGCGUUUCCAGGCAGAGGAGAUCACCAAGGAAGAGAUUGACCUGUUGAGUGAUGCCUGCUCAAAGCUGAAGGAGCAGAAGAAACUGCUGACUCUGGAGAAAGAGGAGCUGGAAGAGCUGAAGGAUGAUGUCCAGGAGUACAAUGAGGAUCUGGAGGAGAUAAAAAAGGAGCUCUCCAAGACUGGUCAGGAGAAGGCCAUAGAGGAGUCAAAGGCCAGCCAGCGGCUUUCUAAGAGGGUGAACCGUAUGAUCGGUCGCAUUGACAAGAUCAUCCUGGAGCUGGAGAAGGACAAGGUCAUCCUGGAUGGACAGAUGGACAGUGGAUCCACCCCACCUGUUGGUCUGUUCUAUACCUUUAGGGAGAACCUGGUCAGCAUCGACGAGCUCAUCAACAUCAUGCGACAGAUCCAGAACAUUCCCGAGCACAAGCUGCAGAGCAUCGCCGAGGCCCUCGACGACAACAAGGACGGGAAGAUUGACAUCGACGACGUCAUCAAAGUAGUGGAACUGAUCGACAAGGAGGACAUCGACAUCUCCACCUCACAGGUGGCCGACAUCAUGGUGAUGCUUCAGAAAGAGGAGAAGCUGAUGGGGAAGGAAAAGGCCAAAGAGAAGGCAGAGAAGGAACAGGCAGCCACACUCAAAAGUUAACUCAUUUUGCUUCAGAGACACGAGUGUUUGUAAAAAAUGAGCACUGAGAAAUUUGUGACUGGUAUCUGGUCAUAGAGGACUCUGGACACCAGGUUGAUCUGGAGAGGUCGAGAACUACAAGGUAACAGCUGCCUUCUUCUGAAAAUGUCAUUCUGCUAUAAAUUGAGCUCCUAAAAAAAAAAAAAAAAAUCUUCAGAGAAGGCUUGUUGCCUUUUAAAAUGUACAAAUUCAACAACAAACUAAAUUUCUGUCGUGUUAAAAAAUUCUUGACUGGUCGUGUAAGAUAUGUGGUAGUUUUACUUCAGUAUUUAUCAGCGCAGGGAGCACAGUGACAUGGAAUUGAAAGCUAAUCAGAAAAAUGGUUUGGGAAAUGUGUUAUCAGACGUGUUAUUUAAAGUUGUAGGUGAACCGUCUUGCCUUUCAGUUUGUUCAUGUCAUCAUCUCGGAGAAAUGAGCGAUCAUUUCCGAACUUUGCACAGUCAACAUUGUCAUUUCUGUCAUUCCGCUCACUUUAUUUCCUCUUAGAUUUUAUUUAUCCACCUCAUACCUGUUUGUAAAGUUUUUUUUUUUAAGUUGUACUUGGGCAGGUAGCUUAUCGCUGGCUAUAACGGUGACUGCAACCAAAGAUGUUAUUGGUAUUGGAAACAACAUAAAAAUACUCAAAACGUGUUGAAAUUACAGGUUUAAAACAAUCCAUUUUAAAAAGGGGCUACUAGCAAAUAUAUGCUAAAAAACUGAGGUUUUUCUUAGGUAGGACAUCAAACUUUUUCCAUGAAAACCAAAACUAUAGUACUGCAAUUUCUUUACAUUUUGCACUCACCAAUGGGGGAAAAAGUACAUUUAGUGCAGCUCUUCAUAGAUACUCCUGUGUUCACUCGUAGCUCUUUAUUUAAUGCCAAAGUUGCACUGAGAUGCAUUAAUAGCACAUUCGAGGUACUCCUAAAGUCAUCAGACAAAACAGCAAAGAUGCAUUUAAACUGUGUAGGAUCAGUGUAGGGACAGAAGCCACCAAUUAAAUGCGUCUGAUGCUGCUGUGACAAGUCAGUCGGGCUGUCCCCGAAUGUUUCUUCGUUGGGUUCGUGUUCGCCCUUCAGUUUGGAUAUUGAGAUGUUGUUGUAGCGUUUUAGCAGCUAUGAUGUUUUGCUCUCUCUCUCUCAGAGCAGCCUUAGCCAUCUGUCGCUAAGGCUUUAAAUAUUCCUUGUUGAUUUUUACCCAAGCACGCAAACCCAACAAACGAUACUGGGGACGGCAAAAUUUAGGCAAAGUAAGAGAUUCAUUUUGCAGUAAUUAGUAUGGAAAUCGUCCGUUCAGGCGAUAGAUGAGUUCAUGAGUUGUGUCGUAGUUGUCGUCGUGUAAAUGCAAAGUGGCCUUCCUAUCACACAAAUUUUAUGGUUCUUAUAACACUGCAUAUUUAUUUCUGAGGAUUUUUAAGAAUUUAACGGAGUUGUGACAUUUUCGAUUUGCAUAAUAAUUCAAUUCUGAACAAGUUUGGAUGAAUUUGAAAUUUGAGUCCUGUCUUUUUUUUAAAUUAUAUAUAUUUUUCUUUUCUUUUUUCUUUGCACUGUAGCCAUGAAUGUACGUAGUAUGUAAACAAGGAUUCCUCAGGGCUAUGUGAUGAUUUUAGAUGAUUAAAUAUAUCCUGCUACCUAUCCACAUAUCCCAUUCUGUGUUCACACUGCAUCAGUUUGGCAAUGAAAUUUUAAACGAUACUAACUGCAUAUUUUGAUCAGGGGUGCAGCUAAUUAUUAUUUUGCUCAUUGGUGCUUCCUAAAAACUUGAAAUAGAAUGAGGAAAUUGCCCCCUAGAAGACUCCAACCUCAUGUUUCCAGUUUGCUAAUCACUGUAAUGAAUGAAUGGGGUGGGGGGAAGUAUAAUAAUGACAUUUUAUUCCCGUUAAUGGUGCUGACAGUAUUCGAUAAAUAUUUUUUUCUGUCUCAUUAUCAUUAUUAUGCAGCAUUUUGAAGACACGUUGACAUUUCUGACAUCUAAAUGAUGUGAAAUGUAAUCUUAAUGAACUGAUUCAUGGGGGAAAAGGGAUAAAAUAGAAGAAUUGCAGACAGAUGUAUCUAAUAACCUCAGAUAAAAACUCUUGGUAGUGAUGAAAUCCAAAAAUCUGAUUGCUUCUUUGACCGCUGGUGAAUUUCUCACCUAACUGGAUUCCUGUCCAGCCACACGUGGGUGCUGUGUGAACCCACCGUAACGCCUCCAGCCGCCUCUGUCUGAUGAGCUGACCUAGUUUACGGUCUUUGCCACCGCUCUGGUGUUCCUCCUGCAUAACCAGAGAAGAACUCUGGUGUAAACGAGGGUGACGGAGUGGUACUUAAGAUAAUGCUGAGUGGACAACGCUUCAUUUAAUCCAUUCCCAGAAUCCGCCGUCCUACACGUGGAAGUUUAAGAGCUUGUUCAUCUUCCAUCGGGCAUCGUCCCAGCUCGCAUCCAGUGCUGCCUGGCGGAGCAAAGGCUCUGCUUUGCCUGGGACCAGUCAGACUGAUGGGUGCGGGGUAAACACUCGCCCCAUACAUGGGCCAAAGCCAGCUCCACUGGAGGGUUGUGUUUAGGUUAGAGACGCUCCGGCGGGACAUGGCACGCCGUGCGCUGCAUAAAUCCGCAGCCAGUGUAAACACUUUAAAAGAACGUUGUGACAACGUCUCGUUUACACUCGGCAGGAGAGCGUGGUGUUUGUGUCACCCCUACAGCCUGACAAGGUUGAACUCUGAGGAGCACUUUGUAUAUCAGCACGACUGGCCCUGUUUGUAGGGACAGAGGGUCAAAGGUCAGAGAAGGGGAAAGAGACGAAUACCAGAGUGUAAGACUGAUGGAGAUCAAUACACAGGGUUCUUGUGCAGGUCCAGAAAGGGUUGAAAUCGACAGGGACUUUUUAUGCGUUGCAGUCAUUGCUGAAAUGCAGAUUGAUGUCAGUUAUGUGCAGUUGCACAGAGAGCUCCUGAGAGCUUAUUUUUACCUUUAACGUGAUUUUUGCCAUGUUUUACUAAAUGCACAGAGUUUCAGUUUAGCCAAAGAGACCCGACUAGUCAACAAGCAGAUAAUCAGCCACUUUUCCCCUUUCUUUUGAUGUGCAAACAGCUAAAAACAAACUGGUUCCACCUUCACCAGUGGGAAGAUUUGAUCAUAUUCUUUAUACUCAAUUGGAACAAACUGGAUAUCUACCAGUCUAGCCAACUCUAAAAUUCCAAGAUGACGGAAAAGGGUGAAAAAAUAAGGUUGUUUUUUUUUCAACUUCUAAAACAUCUCAAAACCUACAUAUUACCACAAAAUGAUUACAAUAUAUGAAAACUGGUCAAAACUUCAAAUAAAUUCAAGAAAACUCAAACUUCCCUCAAACUAACACUUCCCCAACUGAUUGUAUGUCCUUGUCUGUGGCUGCUGUGCUGUUUAAACUGCAGUCUUGGAGAAAGAAGGGGAGAGAAAUGUAGAGAUACAGUUGGCAGCGAAAGCAGUUUGACUCGAGGCUUGUGUCAGCAAAUUUUCAUUGCCAACCAGGCCGAGGCUCAUUUCUUGCCUUUUAUUCCUUUAUUUAGUUCCCUCAUGAUAUUUUAGAAGAAAGUGACUCAGGAGAAAUAAAAAGGUGAGCUGAUUUUUAGCACACUGUCACUAACUUUGACUGUUCUCUGCACAGUAUUGCCACAGUGUAAAUGCACUAUUCUUUCUUUAAGCAGUUGGUAUGUGUUGACUGGCCGUCUCUGUGUGAAUGUCUACAAUACAAACCGUCCUCUCAGACUCCUGCUCAGUUGUGGGUGUUGGGUUUAGAAGAACAAACACUUAAAGGAUUAUUUUUUAAUUUUCUCCCAUUUUGAGGUGGAACAAGUGUCUUCAGCUUGUUAGCAGUACGCUGUAAAUCUUUGUAAUUUAAAGUCAUCCGCGCUGAUGAACUGGGAAGCUGACCUUAAACCUUAGCGACUGAACGCUUGCUCUUUAGCCUAGGCUGAUUCCACCAGUUUAGUUUUUCUUGUCAAUUUCUGACAAAAAUCAACAUAUUUUGUACCGGGGGAGGGGGAGCUGGGAGGGGGCUUCUUGUACCCUGGUCCUGUGUGCUAUCAGGUAGAGUAGCUAAAAAGCAUUGUGGAUUUGGCUUCUUUUGAUUAUAUAAUCGUAUUAUUCUUCCCGUUUGGGGUUUGAUGAGCUUAUAGUAACCUCCCCCCUGCCCACUUUUUUUUGUUUUGGUUUUUUUUGCGCCAGUCUUUUUUUUAAUUAUUAGCGAUAUGCUGCUCUUUGUAAAAUAUAAUAGAGUUUUCUCUUGUGCUGGAUGUAAGAGUACAGUCUGUUUAAAGAGGAAAAGGGCAGCUGAAAUGGGUAAAGCAGUGGGGAUGUGCUCUGUCUGUAUUUUCAGUUGAAAAGUAGAAAACUUGAUUUCACUAUAUUUUAAAUCAUAGUGCAGCCAAAACCAUUAACCCUGUAAAGACUGAACCUUGAAGUAGUUGCCAGAAAAUUCACAUUUUUUGAAACUGGAGUGUUUAUGAAACUUCUGAUAUAAGGGUUAGGGUUGUAAUAAAUCUAAACUUGCAUAUGAGUUUUAAUUUUAUCAAUCAUGAAUUUAUUUAAGUUUUUUGGGUGGAAAAAAAUCACACUGAUGAUGUCGAUGUCUCAAAAACUAUGAAGGGUUAAAAAUUGUUCUAAAACUGUGUUCAAGAAGAAGCCAAAGUGCCUCCCCUUUUAAGAUCAAACUUUAUUGAUAAUUUAUUGAUAUUGAUAUUCCUUUGGGAUCUUUUGUGUCCGAAACUGCAGUCUUUCAGCUCAGACUCUAAUUGAGGAUGCCAAGGCAAAUUCACAGCUUUGUCGCCUCCAAAAUGCACUUUGGCUUCUUUCUGAACACACAGACACACAAGAAACCAGACCAAAAUUCAUCUUCGAUGUGUUUUAAAGCAUCAGACAUGCCACAAUCAGCUUACACGAUAUUAAACCCCAAAGAACUUUUUGAAAUCAAGUUGUAAAAAAGAAAACCAAAUAAAAAAGACAGAAAUCAGAGACGCUACAGUUGCAGUAAAAUUGCAGUGUAAAAUCUUACCUGGUGACACGAUGUUUUUGAUAUGUUAAAAGUAAUCCACGUAUAGCCUGCUGCAGUUUGUUUGAAAACAUUUCUGUUAUUUAUUUAUUGAAUCAAAGUUUCCUUUUUUUCACGACUGGGUAUUUGAUUUUAGUUGAAUUUGAAUUUCAAAUGUAUGACAACACUUUUUAAAUGAGAUCUUGUGUUUAUGUAAAGAAAGCAUUAUUUGCAGAAUGAAUCACAAGUUUUGAAUAAAUUAUGAUUUCUCA